GCUUCGUACAGGAAGGAAUCCUUGCUUGAGCGUAGCUCAAAGUGAUGUGCCAGUUUACCUGGUCUAGAAUGUAACUCACACAAUAUGGCUAAAACCAAGUGGAAUAUCCUGUUUGCAGCGUUCGUCCUGUCGUGCCUUUCGUUGGCCACUCUCAUCGUAGCAUUUUGCACUCCAUACUGGGUGGUCUCGCAGGCUAGCGAAAGGACGGCCUACAAGAACAGUGAAAUACAAUACGGCCUUUUCGCUGGAUCUCUAACCAGGAACGUUCUAGCCACUCCAGUACCGUACGAUCUAAUAGUUAUCUGUGUGUACGAGCAUAAUGUUUGCGUCUACAGCUGCCAGAAGGAGGAAGCGAUGCGGGAAGCAGAAGUCGUUGCAUUGUUGGCCGGAAAUAAGCCAGCCGAAUGUCCUAUAUCGAACGCUAAGUCGCUCAUCACAAUGGCAGACUACGAGAUGAAACCUUCGAAUUCCGAUCGAGCAGCAACUCCCAAGGACGAGUUUAUCAAUGCAGGUCUCUGGUUAAGUACGGUGAUAUUCCUUGGAAUAGCGAUGAUAUUUGCCGGCGCUUCGGCUAGCUUUGCAAUCAUUAAUGUACUCUUCAAUCCGGUCGAGCCGUUCUUCAGCGUGUUUGGACUGUACAUUUGGAACGGAAUAGUGAUAGGAUCAACUGUGCUGACGAUGAUACUGUGGGGUGCCUUGUACGGAUCGCAGUUAAGUGCCAACAUUGCCAUCACGGAUACGCUUACACCGGAAGCACCGUACAGUUCGGCGAACCUCGCCUCGCUGGGAGCGAGCUAUUGGGUUCUGUUUAUUUCGGUUCUGCUCCAUAGUGUAAAUGUUGGACUGCUGCUGUGGCGACAGUAUGAAAUAAAUAAGGAACCGCCACCGACGACGAUCGAUGUGGACAAGUCCGACCUUACGAUUAUUAUGUUUUAGUGUUGGUAGACGGUGGGAGUAGUACAGACUAGAGAGGGUAUAGCAUAAGAGAGGAGCGGAUUGGCUGGUUUUGAGCCAAACGAACUGUUGAAGCCAGAGCCAAUCGAGCAGCGCCUAUCUUGAUUACAUUGGCGGUGUUACUAGAAAUCACUUCGGCAUAGGUUGCCAAGGCAGUUUGUUUUGAAUGCUCUCCGCUCUUAUACUAGACCCUCUCUAGUACAGACACGUUAUUGGAUACAGUUUGAAAUGUGAUUUUCGGGGUUUAAAUUUUAUUAUAAGACUCUUAGGAAUAAACGUAUA